CAGAAAUGGUUUCCUAAAAAACAUUCAAUGAACUGUACACAGUGUUACAUAGAGGAAAAAAAAGAAAAGAAGUAUUGAAACUGUUUUGGGUAAUUGUGUUCCUUUAGUGUGUUUCUUUAAAACACUUAUUAUUAUUCCUCGUUAUUUAUUACUAUUAUUUGUAAUUACCCUCUCUUUUUUUCACCUGAGAAAUUUAAGAAGUAAUGUACCUUUCUGGUUUGGAGACUUUUUUUCUGUACACUCUGCUGAUUUUCCUGAAUCACUAUCUGUGAUGUAUCUUUAGAAAUUUAGACAUUUAGAGGGAAAAGUGCUUUCUCAUCUACGUUAAUAAUAAGGCGAACGUUGGUGAAAGAAUUAUCUUCUUUGAUAGGAAAAGAAAGCAGUUACAUUAGUGUGGAAUUAGAAAUAAGGUCUAAAUGCUAACCAUAGACUACAUAAAAGUAAGGUUAUUUAUACCAAGAGAAAUUGACUAUAAAUUAUAAAAAAAAUGUGUUCUGUUUAUACCUAGGGCUAGGUGCAUAGUAGUUAUUUAGUUGAAGUGUAUCACAUUAUUAAUUUACAACACAAUUAGAAACAAACCAGAGUCCCUAGCCCUGAGCGGUUUUGAAAUACAUCCUCCACAUCACUGUGAGAACAGUCACCAUCUUCACACAUGUGCUUACACACACACACACACACACACACACACUCACCCCUUGAAUGGCCCCAAUGACUUAUCUCUGGGAAGAUUUCCCGUUAAUUAUCUAGUCAGAAUCAGCCCAGUAGUGUCAACUUAGUCAUGAAAAAGUGGAACAGGGGAGGGCUUAUAUAAGGCUUUAUGAUAACUUUUAGUUUUCUAUCAAAAGAGACAAUGGGGUACAAGAAACACACAGAAUUUUGCUUUCAAAUAGUGAAUAAAUCAUUGUGCAACUGAGUGUGAUAUUGGGAGAAAAAUGCUGCUCAACAUCAGAAGCAGUGUUAUUUAUCUUUUGAAUGAGAGCAGAGAAUUCCUAAAUGAGAGAGGUCAGGAGCUCUUCUCUGAGCCAUACUUCACAUAGGCAGUGCAGAGGGCUGCCUCAACACAUUACCUGAGAAGCCCUAGAAAAAUCUGUACCAAAACCUUUACCUUUCACACUGCCAUACACUGAAAUUCCUACUGCUGGAAAUCGCUAUUUCAAUUCACACACUGAAAAUGCACUUUCUUAGAAAGGGCACUGGGGGCAUCCGAUAGAGAUUGCUCAAGUCACCACCCAAAUAUGGAGCCCGGAAGUCAGGGGACAUCCGAAGGGGCAGAGGGGCCUCACUGUGGGCAACAUCAACAAACCUCACUAUUUUGCCUUCCCUAGAUAUGGCCAAUAAAUGUUCUAGUUAAUGUGAACAAAUUAAAUAGGGAAAAAUCAGUUGUAUCUUUCAAAAUCCAUACCAGCAAGUGGCAUAUGAUUUCUUACGAACACUCAGGCUUCUCUCUCCAUGUUAAUUGUGACAGUAAAACAAUAAAAAAUCAAGAUUUAAUUUUAACUCAUGUUGAACCAACCAUCUAGUGCAGUAAAUGAUGAUGAUGGGCUGGAGAAAUAUUAAUCUGUGUUGGUUAUUUAACACCUGCCUUAUUUUGAGAAGAGCACUAUCAAAUGUGUCUGCUCAGGACAAUGAACGUCCUCAGCUAUGUUCUAGUUUAUCGUAAGUUUUUCCUGGUAGUUUUCACUCUGUUGGUUUUACUGCCAUUGCCAAUCAUCCUUCGCACCAAGGAAGCAGAAUGUGCCUACACACUCUUUGUCAUUGCCACAUUUUGGCUUACAGAAGCUUUGCCUCUGUCAGUAACAGCUUUGCUGCCUGGUUUAAUGUUUCCAUUGUUUGGGAUCAUGCCUUCUAAGAACGUGGCAUCUGCUUAUUUCAAAGAUUUUCAUCUACUGCUAAUUGGAGUCAUCUGCUUAGCAACAUCAAUAGAAAAAUGGAAUUUACACAAAAGGAUCGCUCUGAGAAUGGUGAUGACAGUGGGUGUGAACCCAGCGUGGCUGACAUUGGGGUUCAUGAGCAGUACCGCCUUUUUAUCUAUGUGGCUUAGCAACACCUCAACUGCUGCCAUGGUGAUGCCCAUCGUGGAGGCUGUGGCACAGCAAAUCAUCAGUGCUGAAGCAGAGGUCGAGGCCACUCAGAUGACUUAUUUCAGUGGAUCAACCAACCAUGGACUGGAAAUUGAUGAAAGUGUUAAUGAACAUGAAACAAACGAGAGGAAAGAGAAGACAAUACCGGUUCCAGGUAAUGAUGCAGGGAAAAAUUCAAGCAAUAUGGAGCUGGAAAAGAAUUCAGGCACAGGAGCCAAGUAUCGAACAAAGAAGGACCACAUGAUGUGUAAACUUAUGUGCUUGUGUAUUGCUUACUCUUCCACCAUCGGUGGACUGACAACGAUCACUGGUACUUCCACCAACCUGAUCUUCGCUGAGCAUUUCAAUAUGCGUUACCCUGAAUGUCGUUGCAUUAACUUUGGAUCCUGGUUUAUGCUUUCCUUCCCGGCAGCUAUUAUUAUUCUAUUCUUGUCCUGGAUCUGGCUUCAGUGGCUUUUCCUAGGAUUCAAUUUUAAGGAGAUGUUCAAAUGUGGCAAGACCAAAACAGUCAAGCAAAAAGCCUGUGCUGAGGUGAUUAAACAAGAGUACCAAAAACUUGGGCCAAUAAGGUAUCAGGAAAUUGUGACCUUGGUCCUCUUCAUUGUGAUGGCUCUGCUAUGGUUUAGCCGAGAUCCUGGGUUUGUUCCCGGUUGGUCUGCACUUUUUUCCAAGUAUCCUGGUUUUGCUACAGAUUCAACUGUUGCCUUACUUAUAGGACUUCUAUUCUUUCUUAUCCCAGCUAAGAGAUUGACUAAAACUACACCUACAGGAGAAAUUGUUGCUUUUGAUUAUUCUCCGCUGAUUACUUGGAAAGAAUUCCAGUCAUUCAUGCCCUGGGAUAUAGCCAUCCUUGUUGGUGGAGGGUUUGCCUUGGCAGAUGGCUGUGAGGAAUCAGGACUAUCUAAGUGGAUAGGAAAUAAAUUAUCUCCUCUAGGUUCAUUACCAGUAUGGCUAAUAAUUCUGAUAUCUUCUUUGCUUGUCACAUCUUUAACAGAGGUAGCCAGCAAUCCAGCUACCAUUACCCUUCUUCUCCCGAUAUUAUCUUCAUUGGCUGAAGCCAUUCAAGUGAACCCUCUUUAUAUUUUGAUACCUUCUACUCUGUGUACUUCAUUUGCAUUCCUCCUACCAGUAGCAAAUCCACCCAAUGCUAUUGUUUUUUCAUACGGCCAUCUAAAAGUAAUUGACAUGGUUAAAGCUGGACUUGGUGUUAACAUCGUGGGUGUCGCUGUGGUGAUGCUUGGCAUGUCCACCUGGAUUGUGACUCUGUUUGACCUGUCUACUUACCCUUCUUGGGCUCCUCCAAUUAGUAAUGGGACCAUGCCAUGACAAGCCUGAACAUUAUAACUAUCCUGUGGUGAGUUUUGAGAACCAUUGAGAAUUCACUGCAGAUUUGGCUUUGGGAAAUUGAUGACACAUUUAAAUUAGUCCUGAUGUAGCUUUUGUGGUUCCAGUAAACGCUCAAAACCUGCUGGCAUAACCCAGAGUUCACACCAAAGAGCGUCUCCGUGCCUUUAUCAAGAAGCUCACAGCUGAGAUUUUGCUCAUAGACCUUAUGCAUCCUGCUUCAACGUAAGAGUAAUUUAUAACAUGACCUUCAAAGAGAUUAGGUGAUUUAUUUCAUUUUAUAGUUUUGGUUUGGUGUAACAUUUCAAACAUCAAUUUAGUAUUUCAGAAACUUCCCAUAAAGCUAGAAAUAGGAAAUAAAACAUACCAGUUAAUUAGGUACUUGGAUAAAUCAUUUCUGUAGUGUUGCUGAAGGGAAUUUGUUGAAAAACCAAAGCAGUGGUCAUCUGCUGGUGCAGAAGAAAGGUUUAAUUUAAAUGAAAUCUGCACUCUAUCAUUUAAAAAAAAUACCAGAUUAUUUUUGACGUAUACAUAUGAUAUGAAAAUUGAAAUUGAACUGGUAGUUUCAAAAUUAUAGUUGAAUCCACUAAACAACAGAAAUCUCAUAGAUAAGAUUAAUGUCUACUUGACCUUAUGGUUGGAUUAAUAUAAUUCAUACCUUUAUAUCUCAGUGCACUAAGAAAUGCAUUUUGUAGAGCUGUGAAUAAUGCUUGCUAUGAUUUGCACUGUUAGCACAGUGUAGGUAUAAAAGAAAGCUAAACACUAUAAAACUAUUAACACAUUUAUGCAUAUGUAUAACAGUUUUGUUUAUAUGUUUAUCUUAUAAAUACAUAAAUACAAAAUAUAAAUAUAAAUCAGAAAUACAUAACAUCAUAUGUAAAAAGAGAAGAUUCAGAAAUCUAAAUGAAUUAUCACUAUGUAUAGAGAUAGAAAAAAGUAACAUAACUCCAUUAUUUUCAACAUUGAGGCAAAAUAUCAGAUGAAAAAUAAGAAUAAAAAAGUAAAACUGUUGACAUAUUUACAAAAUAAAAAUUAUUAAAUUAA